AGUAUGUUUUUUUGUUCUUAUCCUCUGUCAAAUUUUCAUUAGAUAAAAUUGGUAUGUUUUUCUGUUCUUAUCCUCUAUCAAAUUUUCAUGGCAUUUUUCGAGAAAAAUAAUGAGAACCAUCCAAAACAAGGAGGCCCACCGCAAUUGCGGGUUCGUUACCCUCAAAAGCCUAUAUAAAUACAGGGUUUUGGGGGAGGGGGGAAUCCAACAUGCAGAGGAAGGUAAUGAGGAGGAGGAGAAGAAGGAAUAUAGAAGCAGCUUUCUAAAAUCUAAAGGUUCACCUUAAUUUAAAAUUCUCCUUUUUCUUCGAAACAAAGAUUUCGGGCAGCAGUCCAGCUGCUUAUUUAUUUUAACAACACAAAUCAAAUGGAGGGGGUUGGUCGAGUGGAUAAAACAGAGUUCACAGAAUGCUGGCGAACAAGUUGGAAAACGCCAUACAUAAUGCGUCUUGCCUUCUCAGCCGGCCUUGGAGGGCUCUUGUUUGGAUACGACACGGGUGUUAUUUCUGGUGCUCUGCUGUACAUCCGGGAUGACUUCAAAUCUGUUGAUAGGAAGACAUGGCUACAGGAAACCAUUGUGAGUAUGGCAGUUGCAGGAGCUAUAGUUGGUGCCGCAAUUGGUGGUUGGAUGAAUGACAAGUUUGGGAGGAAAAAAUCGAUUCUUGUAGCUGAUUUUCUCUUCUUUAUUGGUGCAAUUGUCAUGGCUGUCGCUCCAGCUCCGUGGGUGAUAAUUAUUGGACGGAUAUUUGUAGGUCUUGGAGUCGGAAUGGCAUCCAUGACCUCGCCUCUCUAUAUUUCAGAAGCUUCUCCUGCUAGAAUUAGAGGGGCACUUGUCAGCACAAAUGGUUUGCUGAUCACUGGAGGGCAGUUUUUGUCUUAUCUCAUAAAUUUGGCAUUCACCAGGGUCCCUGGAACCUGGCGAUGGAUGUUGGGAGUAGCCGGAAUUCCAGCACUUUUUCAAUUUAUACUGAUGCUGUCACUUCCCGAGUCUCCUAGAUGGCUAUAUAGAAAGAAUAAGGUUGAUGAGGCCAGGGCCAUCUUGGAGAAUAUCUACCCUGCUGAGGAAGUAGAAGAAGAAAUGAAAGCCUUGCAAUCAUCCGUUGAAGCAGAAAAGGCUGAGGAAGAUUCCAUUGGUGAUGACAUCAUUUCUAAAGUAAAGGGCGCUUGGAGUAAUGAUGUAGUUCGUAGAGGCCUCUACGCAGGUAUCACAGUUCAAGUGGCUCAGCAAUUUGUGGGCAUAAACACAGUCAUGUAUUACAGCCCAACCAUAGUGCAACUGGCCGGAUUUGCUUCAAACAAGACGGCCUUAGCACUCUCUCUUGUUACUUCUGGUCUCAAUGCUUUGGGCUCCAUUGUCAGUAUGGUCACUGUUGAUAGAUACGGGAGGAGGAAGUUGAUGAUAAUUUCUAUGAUUGGAAUUAUUGUCUGCCUAUUGGCCUUAACCGUUGUGUUUCAUGAAUCUUCUACUCAUUCUCCAUCUAUUAGUAGGUUCGAAUCCGGCCACUUCGGUGGAAACUCUACAUGUUCAAGUUACUUGACAGCAUCGGAUGCAUCAUCUUGGAAUUGCAUGACGUGCUUGAAAGCAUCAUCAGAAUGCGGAUAUUGCGCUACUUCACCAAACAAAUAUCUUCCUGGGGCCUGUUUGAAAGUAAAUGAUGCCACAAAAGGUGUUUGCGGUGCUGAACACCGUGUGUGGUACACCAAGGGUUGUCCAAGUAAAAUAGGAGGUUUGGCAGUUGCUCUUUUGGGGUUGUACAUCAUAUUGUAUUCACCAGGCAUGGGAACAGUGCCUUGGAUUGUAAAUUCGGAGAUAUACCCGUUGAGGUACAGAGGCAUCGGUGGAGGAAUAGCCGCUGUUUCUAACUGGACUUCAAAUCUACUAGUCAGUGAGACAUUCUUGACUUUAACCGAGGCAAUUGGCUCUGCUGGGACAUUUAUGCUGUUUGCUGGAUUUUCAUUUCUUGGACUGAUUGCCAUAUAUUUCCUUGUGCCGGAGACCAAGGGGUUGCCAUUCGAGGAGGUUGAGAAGAUGCUGGAAAAAGGCUACCGACCAAGCAUCUGCUCCAAGGAAAAAGAUGCCAAGAAAAUGGAUGUCAAUCCCUCUAUAAGCUAAUUGUAUGAUCCAUUUUCACUACUGUUUGAGGUAGACCAUAAGAAAUUACAAUGGUCUCACCUUGGUGGUAGUUGCUGACUUACUUGACUACUUCCUAUGCUAUCUUCCAUUUUUUUCCUUUAAGAAAUAAGAUUAUUACAUUAACAUAA